AUGCUUGCAAAUCGAGUGAGACCACCUGCACCUCACAGAAUUUGCCUCCUCCGGCCCUCCCUCGGUGCAACUCGUCCAGCUCCCCAUGCGCCAUGGCGACGACUUGCCAGUGGUAAAUCGCGGCCACAAAACACCUCAUCUCACUGGCUUCGCAACUCUCUUGGUCUGGCAGUUAUCGGCACCGCAGCUUUCCUGGGCUAUACAUAUGUGAAUGAAGACUUCAAAGGACCGUGGAUCGAGAGUCAAACCAAGAUUGAAAAGCAUGUGAUCGAUGUCAACGACCUCCGUGCACAGUUCAUCCAAGAGAAAAGAAGCUUGAAGAGCCCAGGGGUUUACACAUGGGGCUCAAAUGUUUAUCGAGUGGUGGACCCAGGAUCGAAAGAUACCGACAUCAAAACCCCGCGACGCCUCAAGUACUUCGACGGCCAGGUGCUGCGUGAUUUCAAAAUCGACGAAAAGUUCGGUGCUGCCAUCACUGAAAAUGGCGAUCUGGUGCAGUGGGGCAAAGGAUACUCAGAGACUGAUUUCAAGCCGACUAAAACUCUCACUGGCAAGAAUUUGACAUCAAUUACCCUGUCUGAAAGCCGAAUUAUCGCCCUCUCCUCAGAUGGUCGCGUUUAUUCAUUGCCUAUCUCGAAGGAAGAACAGGCAACAGGCCCAAAGGCUCGGGAAGGCUCCUGGGUCCCUUUCUAUGGUGGGAAUUCUACGUUGAGUUACCGCGUCCUGACGCCCAAUUUGAAGCUUGGCGAAAAAAUUUCGGCAAUCUCCUCUGGACAGGAACACGCCGUUCUACUCACAAGCUCUGGGCGCGUUUUCACAGUGGCCGCAUCGACUGAACACUAUCCUCAGCUCGGCCAGCUUGGUAUUCCUGGCUUAACUUGGUCUACACGGCCCAAGGGACCAGUGGAUGCAUGCCACGAAGUCAUCGCUCUCAAGGGUGCAAAAGUCACACAGAUUGGCUCUGGUGAUUACCAUUCUCUCGCAUUGGUCAAGGAUGGUCGUGUCUUUGCGUGGGGUGAUAAUUCUUUCGGUCAGCUCGGUGUUGAAUUUGAGCCCGACCUACCUUUCAAAGAUACCCCUUUUGUUCUUUCGCUGAACAAGCUCUAUCGCAAGAACAUCUCGUCUAAAGCCACUGGUAUUGCUGCAGGAGGAGCUAGUAGCUUCUUUAUGGUGGACGCCACACGGGUUCUUGGCCCUGACGAACAAGCGUCAAGUAUUCGGGAUUUAGGAAGCGUGACUGCUGAUACCUGGUCGUGUGGCCGAGGCAUAUGGGGCACCCUCGGCACUGGUAGAUGGAUUCACCUACAAGAUUCGCCUUCUAAAGUCAAGGAUCUGAGUGGGCUGGGGGAAUAUGAUGAGAAAGCCAAGAAGAUGCUGCCCAUUCGACUUCGCAACAUUUCGGUCGGUACCACUCAUGUUGCCGCCGUGAUGGACAAUAAGACGAGUCUCACUUCAAAGACUACAGAAUUUCUGGACAAAUCAAAUGACUUCGGCUUGGAUGCACUUUGGUGGGGAGGCAAUGAGCACUUCCAACUGGGCACUGGAAAGCGAACAAAUUUGCCUCGACCGAGCCAUAUUAAAGCACCUUCUGAGUCUGCGAAGAAGCCGGAACCAGAGGCACGGCUCCAAAUCAUGCCUUGGCAUAAGGGCAAAAUUGGGACACGCACUGUGAGUAUGGAACAGCGAGUUGAGUGUGGACGCCAUGUUUCUGCCAUUUACUCUGCCGUUUAA